AUGCAGCAAGCCUCUCUCCUGGCGCUCGUCCUGGCCGCCGGUGUCUACGGCGCCGCCGACAACACCAAGCUCAGCCCUCUGCGUUUCCGAGAAGACGGCACCUUUCACAUCUCCGUCUUUUCCGAUCUUCACCUGGGCAUGUAUGCCAGUACCCCGCGCGGGCCGAAGCAGGAUGCCAAGUCCGUCUCCGUCCUGGCCUCCGUCUUGGACAUUGAAAAGCCCGACUUUGCCGUCAUCAACGGCGACCUCAUCAACGGUGAUGAUACACGCGUCGACAACAGCACCCGCUACAUCGACCAGAUCGUCAAACCCCUCGUCGACCGCAACCUCACCUGGGGCUCCACGUACGGCAACCACGACCACCAGCCGAACCUCUCCGGCGAGCUGCUCCUCACGCGCGAGCAGACCUUCCCCGGCGCCCGCACCCGCAGCAUGGUUCCCGGCGUCGCCGCCGGCAGCACCAACUACUACCUCCCGGUGUACUCGGCUGCCUGCAAAAACGUGACGUGCUGCACGCCAAAGCUGCUGCUCUGGUUCUUCGACAGCCGCGGCGGGUACUACUACCAGCAGCGGGACCGACUCGGGCGCGCCGUGCACCACCCCAACUGGAUCGACGAGAGCGUCGUGCGGUGGUUCGAGGAGACCAACGCCGCGCUGCGGACAAAGCAUGGCCGCGCCAUCCCCUCGCUCGGCUUCGUCCACAUCCCCGUGUACGCCUCGGUCGCCCUGCAGAACCGCGGCGUGCAUCCAAACCGCCAGCCGGGCAUCAACGACGAGACGGCGAGCCCGCAGGCGCAGGGUUGGUGCGCCGGUGGCGUGCGCGACGGCUGCGCAUACGGCGGCCAGGACGCCGCCUUCAUGAAGGCUCUCGCCGGUACCGAGGGCCUGAUGGCGCUCUUCUCUGGCCACGACCACGCCAACUCGUGGUGCUACAAGUGGGACGGCGAGCUGCCCGGCAUCGAGGCCAAAGGUAGAGGCGUCAACUUGUGCUACGGCCAGCACACGGGCUACGGUGGCUACGGCGACUGGAUCCGCGGCUCGCGCGAGCUCAUUGUGUCUCUGGACAAGCUUAAGGAUCUGGUCAUUGACUCGCACAUCCGCACCGAGCGUGGUGAGGUCAUCGGCAAGGUGUCGCUGAAUGCUACGUAUGGUCAGGACAUGUACCCGGCGUCGCCCAACGAUAAGACGUACCUGUAG